AGGUCGUCUCAUCAGACAUCUCCUUUCAUAACGGGAUCACAUAAAUCGUCGUAUCAAAAUCAACUGCCUGGAGUGUAAACUUUACAAGUGACAGAACCAUAGACUGGCACAUGUCGUGCAAUAACAUUGACACGCCAGUCAACGCAAAUCUCUCUCCCUUUAGCGACCUUCCAGACCCUCUCUGGAUCCAUAUUUUCGAACAAUUCACUAAAUCUCGAGACCGCUACCACCUCGUUCAAAAAUGUCGAAAAUUCUACCUACUCGGUCUACGCGAGCUCUACCGAGACAUCACAUUCCAGCACAUGUCCCAUUUCCUCAAUAACAUUUCGUUCUGGAAGGAUAGGCGUGACGACAUGGUUACAGCGCCUCGCUCGGUUCGGGUCCAUGCGUCUUUAAUGAACCUGGACUCCAUUGGCGAGUUGCGGAGGUGGGAUCUGGCCUCCAAUGGAACCGACGAGAGGAUAGUUUUUCGGAAACUGGAGCUUCCGCCGAUGUUCAUGCAAAAACUGGCGACCUUCCCGAACAUCCGCGAGAUGACGUUUGACGGAGUUCCUCUGCCCUUCGAAUUCUAUGGGUUCUUGUUUUUUUUUCCUCACCUCCGCGAACUAUCGGUUAUCAAUUGUACUCUUCCUCGCCGACCUGUUCUGUCCCCGUUCCAAAUCAUUGAUGCUGGUCCCGCGAAUCAAAAGGCAAAUAUCAUCUCUCCAUUUUCGUUCGAGAAUCUCCCUAUCACCAAUCUACGUCUAACGGAAAAUCGCUGGUACAUCAAUCGAUCGACAAUGUUCAGUGCCAUAGGGUCUCUUGCUGUCAGCGGGGACUUGGAUUAUUACAACAUUCUUCACCUUGCUACUGCCAAUAAUUUGCGCACACUUCACAUCAAUUGGAACACCCAAACAGCAAACUUUUUCAGUGCUCUAGCUAAGGGACGUGUUUAUUUAUUGGAUCUCCCGAAUACAACCACACAAGGAAGCGAUAUCAGAGCAAAUUUGAGAGAAAAUGAAGCUCGAAUUCGUGUCCGGUCUUUCCCUGCACACAUUGAGACUCUAUUCCUCACAACACGUACAAAAUCCGACUGGCUACGCCUCCCUCACCUGACCCGGCAACGCGAACGACGGGUGUACACAUCGAAAUUGGACCAUUUUCUGAAAGCUUGUCGAAGAACCAUGCGAACGCUAGAGGUCGAAGGAUAUCUUUACCCACUCAGAAAACCUCGAGAACGCGUGAGGAUCAGGAAUUUGGAGGUAUAUGAGGGGCCGUUGGAUUUUCUGAGAAGUGUUUGGAAUACUGGGGUUAACCUAAAGAAAAUUCGAAUCGUGGAACGUGGUUAUGACCGAGACGAUCGCUCGUUCUCCUCCUCGUCCUUUUACAGUGCCAGAUCGCGCUCAGAUUAUGAUGAUACGUAUCUAGAAUUUGCAAAUGGGAUGGAAGCUUCGGAGCAACGAGCUGUGAGUUGGACGAAGCUUUACAAGGCACUUGCGGAGGAGCGAGGGAGGAAGUAUGACUCCGUGAAAGAGUUAGAACUAAAGGUUUCCAGCUGGGAGGAUAGGCUCAUGCAAGAUGUUUCAAAGAUGUUUGGACAGCUGCAGGUGCUAAAAAUCGAGGUUGUACGAGGAUUCCCUGACGUAGUUGAACUUGAACACAUGGCCCGUCAUCGCUUCCCGCAACUGCCUUGUCUCUCGGUCUUUCAUCUUUUCAAUCGCAAUUCUGCGGCCGCUCCAAAUCCGUCAUUCAAAUCCCAGACACCUACAGCGCUGUCGGUGUUUUCCGGGUCAUGCUUGAGGAUUAAUCCAUGUUCUUCAUCUUCAUCCCUUUUCUCAACCUUCCCAUGGUCUCCAUCUAAAUCUAACGACCAAAUAUCAAAACUGAUCACCACUUGGAACAGCUUCCUACCUCAUUCAUUAACUGAGAUCAGGCUAGCGCCAGCAACAGUUUGGCGAAGAGCAGAUGCAGUCGACACGUGGUGCCAACGCUUUAUCGAUAUCGAUGGAAACCUCGUCGGUAACUACGCCGACAGCGCUGCUACUGGGAAAAAUAGUGGCGGAGAUGACGUGACAGACCACGAGCUGCAACCUUCAAUCGACUAUCUAGACAACAUCAUUCCUGACGCAGUGCUUGUGAACACACUUGACACAUUGGAUGAAUCCGGUCAGAGGAUUGAUAACACCAGAUUUGGCUUGGCGACGAUGGUCAUUGAGACUAUCGGCAGCCCGAGUCAAAAUGAUGAGGGAACAGGAGCAGAAGGCGGCAUGAUGAGCGGGAUCUUUGGAGGAACGAAUUCAAUAUGGUAAACGCCCGGUCUUGGCAGAUGUACGUUCGUUAAUUCUCCCUUUCGGAUGGGAAGGCGCGAGUGUCGUCGGUGGUGAAGGGGGCGAUGAACACAACGUAAAAUAGUCGGCGGUGGAUUUAGGUUACGAAAGGAGGCUGAUUGAUCUGUUUUUGAUAUAUUCGAAUGUCAUAUUUUUCGAAUAAUGCAUCAAGGAUUGCGAAUUUCCUCUAAAUCCUUGGUUGUCAUCUAUCUGGGUGCUCGAAGUCAGUUACAUCAAUGCCUCACCAGAAGGGGGGGUCGAAGUUCAUGGCACGAUUUCGAUCCCAAAAUUUCUGGAAUUUGACAGAUACUGGCAGUUAUUAUUGCUUCAGGUCUGUUUGCUCGACUCGUUCCAUGUAACAAACGAGCGGCGGCUAAACACGCUGCUCUUGACGGCGAUAUUAC